GGUUUGACUGGCACUAGAAACAGGACAAGGCAUCAGAAAUAAAGAAAACAAUAGCCAUUGGCCGCCUUGUUUCUCUCCAAUCUCCAGUAUUAUAUAAUUCUCUCUUCUGGACUAUUUUUACCGAACGCCAAACACUGUUUUCGAUAAACCUACUUAGACCAAAAAGCUGAAUAGAGCAACAGUCCUAGAUCUACUUAUCCUUUCAACUCUAUUCCAAAAAUGGCAGAGAAAAUAACCAGCCUCGAGAGCACAAGUAUAUGGUAUGGACGUACAGGUAUGCAGUGGUGAGUGGGGGAAACAAAGGAAUAGGAUAUGAAACAUGCAGGCAACUAGCAAGUAAAGGAGUAGUGGUAGUGUUGACAGCAAGGGAUGAAAAGAGAGGCCUUGAAGCUAUUGGAAGGCUCAAAGAGGAGUCAAGCUUUACUGAUGAUCAGAUUUUGUUUCAUCAACUUGAUGUUAUGGAUCCAGCUAGUAUUUCUUCUCUUGUUAACUUCAUCAAAACUAAAUUUGGAAGGCUCGAUAUUCUGGUUAACAACGCAGGAGUUGGUGGAUUAAUGGUGGAAGGAGAUGUUGUUAUACUACAAAAUUUAAUAGAAGGAGAUUUCGUAACCAUUUCUACUGAAAAUGAAGAAGGGGAAAGUAUGGAGAAAUCAAUUGCAGGAAUUGUUACAGAUUAUGAGUUGACAAAACAAUGCCUAGAGACAAACUUCUAUGGUGCAAAAAGAAUGAGUGAAGCAUUUAUCCCUCUCCUUCAACUCUCUAAUUCCCCAAGGAUUGUUAAUGUCGCUUCUUUCUUAGGGAAGUUAAAGCUAUUGUGCAACGAAUGGGCUAUAGAAGUGCUAAGUGAUGCUAACCACCUAACAGAAGCAAAGGUCGACGAAGUGUUGAGUGAAUUUCUCAAAGAUUUUACAGAGAAAUCAAUAGAAGCCAAAGGAUGGCCAACUUACUUCUCAGCUUACAAAGUCUCAAAAGCAGCCCUGAUUGCCUACACAAGAGUUUUAGCUAUGAAAUAUCCGAAUUUUCGGAUAAAUUCUGUAUGCCCUGGCUAUUGCAAAACAGAUAUAACCGCCAAUACUGGGAGCUUAACUGCUGGAGAAGGUGCUGAAAGUUUGGUGAAGCUUGCUUUGUUGCCAAAUGAUGGACCUUCUGGCCUCUUCUUUUACAGAAAGGAAGUCACCUCUUUUUGAACAUUGGCUGAUUCAACUAUUGGUUCGUGGGUUCGGUAGAAUUCAAUAUUUUGACGAGCGUUAUUGAAGGAAAAUAUUCCAACAGUUAUAUGUGUGCUAAAAUAAAGGUAGAGACAUAUAUUUAGACUCACUCUAAACCAUAACGUCUAAAUUUUGAAUCUGCUGCUAAUGUAUUUGUUUGGUUGUGCUACUUUUCUUAAUUGAAAGAUGCGUUCCUUCUUCCUUA